ACUCAUUCGAAUGUUAAGUGAAUGCUUUCAACCAGCUCCUCCUCCCCGUCCCAAUGAAGCCAAUCUUGCUUUCAUGGUUUGUGUAAUUAAAGUUAAAGUUCGUUCUGUUGGUUGGCAAAAGGCAGUGAACAGAGUGUUGAGUAGCACAAAGGGAGUGCGUCAAUUCAAAUUGAAAGAAGAUGGAAAGGUGGAAGUAUCAGGGAUAGUGGAUCCAGCUUUAUUAAUGAGAAAUCUUGCUAAAUCUGCAGAAUUAGAAUGGAUUCAAUUUGGUCAAUGUUCCAGCAAUUUGUUUCUUCCUUCACAACCUCCAAAACCACCCGAAAAAGGACCCUUUAGUCAAGGACCAUUUCGUAAUUUCAAUCACCCCAGGUUUGCUCUGCCCCGGCACGGCGGAUACCACGGCCUACAACCGCCUCCGCCUCCGCCUCCGCCUCCGCCUCCGCCGCCCUUGGCGCCUUAUUCCAGGUCUGGGCUGCUGCCGCCUGCAUUUUAUGGACAUGAUUCUAGAGAUGGUCAUAUUAGCAAUUGCAAUGCUAUGUAACUAGUCUAAUUAAACCUAUUUACAGUAAUAGUGUAAAGAAUUUUUAUAUGAUCAAUGCAAUUUAAACAAGUUAUUACUUUA